AUGAAUAGUAAUGUAGAAACUCAAUGGGCGCGUGAGAAUUGUCCGAUAUCUGUGAAUGAACAUAUUUUCUUGAUCUACCUGAUAUGCCUACCCUUUAAGAGGUAUGUGGUGUUGGCGAUUAAUUGGCUAUUUUCCAAUUUAAUAUACAUUGGGUGUAAGGAGAAGACCAUUUUCAUACCCAUCGAAGGAGCUACCGUAAAUGAUGGGGUUAUCAUAUUGUUGGAAGGUGCGUUUAGUAUGACCAGUUAUCUCUAUGAGCAAGAUAACUUUUUUCUCUUAAUUAUCAUUAUGGAUUCAAAUGAGAAAAAUGACACCUUGUUAAUUCCAGUAGUGUAUGAGGUUUUUGAUGAGUUCCUAGAGGAUGUCACUUCUUUACAUCCUGAAAGAAAAAUGGAAUUCUCCAUUGACCUAGUUCCGGAAACUGCCCCAGUUUCCGUUGCACCAUAUAAAAUGUCUCUAGUUAAGUUGAGAGAGUUGAAGAAUCAAAUAGAGGAUCUGUUGGAGAAACACUUCAUUCGACCAAGUGUGUCUCCAUGGGGUGCUCCUAUCUUGUUAGUGAAAAAGAAAUAUGGUGGUAGAUGA